ACUCUCCCAGGCAGCUUUGGAAUAUUCUGGUACUUAUUCUGGAUCCUGGUGUCCUAUGAGAGUCCAGCCGCCCAUCCCACGAUCACACCGGAGGAGAGGAAAUACAUUGAAGAUGCCAUCGGAGAGUCAGCGUCGUUUCUCAACCCUCUACAGAAAUUUAAGACGCCGUGGAGGCAGUUUUUCACCUCCAUGCCUGUCUAUGCCAUCAUUGUGGCCAACUUCUGCAGGAGCUGGACCUUCUACCUGCUUCUCAUCAGCCAGCCGGCCUACUUUGAAGAAGUCUUCGGUUUUGAGAUCAGCAAGGUGGGCAUGGUGUCAGCUUUGCCCCAUCUCGUGAUGACCAUCAUCGUUCCUCUGGGGGGCCAGCUGGCGGACUACCUUCGAACCCACAAUUUGAUGACCACCACCAAUGUUAGGAAACUCAUGAACUGCGGAGGUGACGUUUGCAACAAAUUGCAAUGCGCUUUUCCCGAAUU